UCUAAGCAUUCAUACCUGAUCCUUGAAGGCACCAUGAAGACACCAACUGUCCUUCUCCUUGUAGGGCUUCUGGCCCUUUGGACAGAAUUACCUUCCACAACUUGUCUCAGAAACCCACGAGGGCUACCUAGGUUGUGCCCAGGAAAUGCAUUUCGGUGCCCUAUGCUAGGAAUUGAUCGUUGCAGGAGUAACAUUGACUGCCCACAAAACCUAAGGUGCUGUAACUACAGGUGUGCCAGGUUCUGCAAAGCCCCACCAGUGGUACCUUGGAUUUGCCCACAAAAUCCAAUUAAGUGCGCUGUCCCAGGAAUUGAUCGUUGUCGUAUUGACAAUGAUUGCCCAGGAAGACAAAGAUGCUGCUACUACAAUUGUGCCAGGAGCUGCAGAUAAGCAUAACAUCCUACUGAAGCAUCGUACCAAAAACCCCCUCAAAACACCUGAGAUGGAAUACCUUGGGCUAGAAUUCACCUGAACAUUCAUCUUCUCUUGCAGAGGAUCACUUUCUUCUACCCAACUGAAUAAAAAUACAGGGUGGUAUCUGACUUAUAGUCGGAGUAGACCCAUUUUAAUCAAUUGACAAGCUAGUAAGCCCACUGAUUUCAAUGGGUCUACUCUGAAUAUGAUUUAAUUGGAUAUCUCCCAUAGUCUGUCUUGUUGGCAUUUUUCAUCUGACGUACAAGGAUGUCAUUUGGAAGAAGAGCAAAAGUGGAAGGAAGCCUUCUUUAAAAUGCUUGUUGUUGGCUAUAAUGUUUCCAUAGGAACUUUCCUGCAUGGAAUACAGAAUGAAACAGGAGCACCAUUUUUGUACACUCAUCUCUUGGGUUAAAGUCACACAUAUUGAUGAUGCUCUAUAAAAAUAGUCUUGUUCUUGUGGUUGCCAAUGGAGGAGGCAGAAACUGCAGCAAAACAUGUUUAUGUAGCAGGUUAUGCCUUAUUGACAAUUUAAAUUUAACAUGCAACUUCUAAGUCAGAGCAAGCUUCCAGAAUCAUCCCAAUGGGAGGGCAACUCUAUGCAGCCAUCCCUCUGACAGCUUCUUUCCAAUUCCUGAAUCAGUCCAAGAAGUGCUUGUGCAAAAGAAAAGAAAAAAGAAAAAAGGAGUAGCAACAUUUAAGGUUUUACCAACAGCCUCUUCACAAAGUAGGAACCUUAUUCCUUAUGGAUUUGGGACCCAUUUCUUUCUUCUUCUUGUUAUUAUUUUGAAACUUUACAAAAUGAGAAAGGAAAUACAAUUACAUAAUUCUUGCAGAAAAAUUAGUGCAUAUGGUCCAACAUCAUUAUGAAAAUUACGAUUCCAGUGUGUUAGCAAUAUAGAAGACCUACAGUCUAGAUGCUUUUAUACCAGUAUAUUUACACUAGAGAUUCCCAAGUGAUAGCAAUACUCCUGUGGUAGAACAGGAUGUACACAGCCAGUUCUAUUGUUCUACUGGGUGAGGAAAUUCCAGGCAGAAUCUCAAUGAAGAGAUGACUUUACAAAAAGGGAAGUGGGGAAGUCAAACUGCUGCUCAUAAUUAUCGCCACCAGAGGGCAGAUGUGGACUAUUUGUUAGAAGAUUUUGGGAAUGCUAACCAUUCUCUUGAAAGCUUCUUUAGCCCUUUGCAAAUGUUCAUGGUUGCUUCCAGUAGAUAACCUGCUUAAUGAGCAUUUAUCCUGAUUUGGGUGCACAAGGUUUGUGUGGAGGUUAUAUGAUGUGGACUGUUUAUUGAGCAUUCAUUCUGAUCUGUUUGUGAGAAGGUCAUAUUAAAAAAUCUUUACCCCA